AUAAUCCUUAUUGUACCAAAACAGGAAAAAUGACGUGGGACUCUGUAAAACAAAUUAUUAAUGAAAAUGAAAGCAAAUCUUCAUUGGAUGCCAUUGACAUCCUGUUAAAGUAUUGCAACAACAUAUUGAAUAAUCCAAGAGAUCCUAAAUACAGACGAAUUCGACUGAAAAAUGCUGUUGUUGAAAAUAAAUUAUUACCAGUGGUAGGGGCAAUGGAAUGUCUGUUUGAUAUGGGGUUUCUUGAGGAUGGGGAAUAUUUAAGUCUACCAGAAAACUGUAGUUUGUCGAUAUUGACAGUGAUUAAAAAUGAGUUAACAACUGAGAAAGAUGCUUUGUUAAAUAAUGAGAAGAGUACUACUCCAGUUUCUAUACAACCUGCACCACAAGUAACAUCAACUCAACCUUCACAUUCUAUAUCUAACAACAUUUUAACACAAAAUAUGAUAGUGUCAGAGGCAAAGUUCUACAGUAAAUUACAGUCUAGUUUACAACAUGUUUUAAUAUAUGAAGAUAGAACACUACAAACUAAGGCUAAACAAGUUAUACCAUUAGAUAGGUUAGAGAUAGAUGCUAGAGAAAGGUUGAAUAGUCUUCAAUCACCUAGUUCAGAUCAACAGAUUGACUUUCAAGAUUGUCUGUUAUUAUCAUUACUACAUUGGUUUAAAACUGAGUUUUUCUCUUGGGUUGAUGCUCCAGCUUGUGAAAGAUGUACUGGACCUACAAGAUCUAUUGGUAUGGUAGAACCUAGCUUAGAAGAAACAAGAUGGCAGGGUCAUCGUGUUGAAUCAUAUCAAUGUAAUGUCUGUGCUUUAUUAACCAGAUUUCCUCGCUACAAUCAUCCUGGUAAACUUCUAGAAACUAGAAAAGGUCGGUGUGGAGAAUGGGCAAACUGUUUUACUCUGUGUUGUCGAGCUGUAGGGUUUGAAGCUAGAUAUGUCUUAGACUGGACAGACCAUGUCUGGACUGAGGUCUACUCUCAAAGUCAAAAAAGAUGGAUGCAUUGUGAUCCUUGUGAAAAUGUUUGUGAUAAACCAUUGUUAUAUGAAUCUGGCUGGGGAAAGAAAUUGACUUACAUAAUUGCCUUUUCUAAAGAUGAUAUAAUGGAUGUUACUUGGAGAUAUUCUGCUAAACAUUCCCAGAUUUUGAGCAGACGUCAAGAAUGUCGUGAAGACUGGUUGGUCAGGACUAUUCACAAGAUGAAUAAAGGGAAGCUUGAUGUUAUGGGUCCAGCAAGAAAAGACGUCAUGCUUAAGAGAAUUAUAGUGGAAUUAGUGGAGUUUUUGAAAGUUAAAACUGCUAAUAAUUCUCAGCUUUCUGGUAGAACGACUGGCUCACUGGCAUGGCGUCUAGCUCGUGGUGAGACUGGUAACAUGGACCAAAAUUCUGAGUUUAUUUUCCAUCUAAGUGAACAAGAAAAACAAUCUAAACAGUUGCAUAUUCUAUAUAACUGUGCCUCAGAUCAAUAUGUUCGUAGAUCAAAUAAUAAUGAAACAACGAAAACCUGGUCAUCUUUGUGCUAUAACCACUUGUCAAUAUUUAGAAAAGAAGAAAAAGACUGGAAAAUGGUGUAUUUAGCUAGAGAAGAAGGAUCUUCCAAUGCUUCCGUCUUCUGGAAAUUUGACUUUAGUGAUAGUAAAUUAAGAAUUGAUAAUGUAUCAUUAAAAUGUCAUAGUUCUGUUUUUGAAAAUGGUGAAAUUUCAUGGAAAAUUUGUGGAGAUGAUCAAUGCCAUGUAUAUAGAGGUACUGAACUAACUCAGUUAACUAAUAUUGAUGUGAAGGGCAGCACAACUUUAAAUAUCACAGCAACAUUAACAAAAGGUACUGGAGAUAAUGCUUGGCAACAUACUCAAUUAUUUCGUCAAAGUUCAGAUGAUAAGAACACAUACCCUUUUGAAUUAUUGAUUAAAUUUACAGACCUGUGAUAUAUUAUUAUUAACCGUGAAUGUUAUUUAUAGACUUUGCUUCUUUCCUUACCUAAUAAAAUAUUCCUUUGGGCAUAUGUCAAUC